UCUUCCACAGACAUUUUCUGGCCUUUUUGGACAAUUUCAUCCCUUGCUGGGUUUUUCUCCCCAAACUCUCUCUGCACUACUCAUCAACUCUCUUACCCCCACCCCAACCCCGACUACCCAAUUCCGUUCCUGCUGUACCCCUACUUGCGGCAUCUGCUGCUGUGCUAUGCCCCAUCGCUGCUGUCAUGCCCAUCCCUAGGAUGUCUCUGACCCCGUCAAGUGAAAGUGAAAAUGAAAGUCCACCUUGAAAACUCCAACUCCCAUAUUCAUUGUGACACGCACUCCACAGCACACAAGUGCACACGAAACUGCAUUUAUGCCUCACCUGUGCAAGGGGGCAGCCCCCAAUGGCUCCCCAAGGGAGCAGUGCAGCAGGACGGUACCAUGCUCAGGGUACCUCAGUCAUGGAGGAGAAUGGGGGAGAGCACUGGUUAAUUACUCCCCCCACCAACCUGGCAGGUCUGGAGUCAAACCGGCGACCAACGCCCCAACCGCUUACCCAUGACUGCCCUGUUCCUGCCCAUGCCCACACGCUGGGUCUACUUCUCAUCACUACUCCACAACGGCCGGCUCUUGGUGCCCUGGAGUGGGGGGGCCAGCUGGUGGUCAUGGGGGGCAUGGACGCUCAGCAGAGCCCCCUGGCGUCCGUGGAGGCGUACUGCAUCGAUGAGGGGAGAUGGGAGAGGAAGGCCGGACUGGGGCAGCCGUCCAUGGGCAUCACAGCAGUGGAGAAAGAUGGGAGAGUGUAUGCGCUGGGAGGAAUGGGAGCAGACACGUCUCCCCAGGCCCUGGUGAGGGUCUAUGAGCCAGCCAAGGACCAGUGGCUGCCCCUCGCUACCAUGCCAACGCCCCGCUAUGGCGCCGCCUCCUUCCUGCGUGGGUCAAGAUCUACGUGCUGGGUGUUUGGAUGAAGACCACAAGAAGUUCCCGCAUGAGGGAGAAGCGCGCCGACUUUGUGGCCGGGUCAUCGUUGCAAGGAGUUUUGGUAAUGGACGGUGUAACGAGCUAAUCAGAGCUCCGACCAUGCGAAGAGGAGGUGGAAGGAUGCGGGACCCCUCCCCAGCCCCCACUGCUCAUGUCAGACAAGCUUCUCAAUUCUUAAGGGCGUAACGCAAAGAAAAAAAAAAGUUUUUCCAAUUCCUGAAAAAUUGAUGGAAAAAAAUAGAAAAAAAGAAAGCACUUAGUGGUCCGUGGAAUUCUACCUUAUUUUUGCUAUGGAUAUUUGACAUAUAAACCUUUACAUAAAUCUUACCAAAAAUGUUUCUUCUCAUCUAAGACUAUUGACAUUCAGUAUUGAUCAUUGACA